CAAAAUAAAUCCGUCAAUGUUCAUAUUCGUAAACCACCUGAAUAUUAUAUUUAAACUUCUAUUAUUAGAGAAUUCUUUGUAUAUUUAUAGCAAACAAUAAAAUGGCCAUACUUCACAGAGCCCUGUUUACGUGGUUUAUAUUUUUAGUGUUCUUGAUACUACUGUGUCUGAGAUUGGAGUCGAGAACACACUGGAAUUGGUUCAUAGUAUUUAUACCAAUGUGGGUCUAUGAUAGCAUUCUUCUUAUAUACGUUUUGUUUCAUAUGGUAUCGCACUGCCGGAAUGGUAUCGAAAGAUUUAGAGGUACAAUCAAUAAACAUGUGUGGUACAUAGCAGCAAUUGGACUGAAAAUGGCAGCUCAAAUCAUAAUUUGCAUCAAAUUGGAAUAUACAAAAGGAAGUCUUCCAAUUUAUGUUGUCAUGACUCCAAUUUGGAUGUUGUUGCCUGUAUUAAGUGUAGAAGUCUUCAUGCAUUUAAUAAAACAUUCUAGUGGAAGUAGUAGAUACUAACAUAACCUACUAUGUGUUUUCUAAGUAAACUAGAACAAUUACCAAAUAAGUUUAAAAUUCGUUUGAAGGACAAAAUCUAUGACUCAGAAGUGAAUAAACUCAAUAUGCUACCUUCAAGAAAGUCAUGAACAUGUGACUAUGUAUU